GAAGCCAUGAGGGUGGAUGAAGGCGAUGACCUUGUGGGUGUUUCUCAUCGUCGCAAUGGGCUUCUGCGCUUCUGCGGCUUCUUUUUUUCCUUCGGGAGGAAAACCAUGGGCGUCUUUCGAGUAUCCGUUCAGGCCUCAAUAUGAAGGCGAUCGUACAGGUCGCAUGUAUAUGAACCAGCAUGCGACCCAGAUCUCAGAUCGAUCUGAGAUCGUAUCAAACUGCAAGGAGACACCGGAAGCUUAUGUUUAUACUCUGGAAAUUCCCGGUUUGAAGAAAGAGGACGUAAAGGUUGAAGUUGAGGAUGGAUUUCUAAGGAUCAAAGGCGAGGAGAAGAAAUCAGAGAAGCAAAAUGGUGAGGUGCAUUGGUCGUAUAGGCAGUUCUGGAAGCAAAUCCCCAUCACAGAUGAUGCUAAUUCAGACGAUAUACACACGGACGUCACAGAUGGUAUCCUCACCAUUACUGUUCCUAUACGCCAUCAAAAGGGAAAGUCUCACAUGGACUGAAGGAAUUUCCCUAGCAUUACAUUAUCUAUACACACAUGAAUCACUAU